AUGAAUUAUAACUUGACAGUUCCACCUCGGGGUUUGUUCAUCCACGACCUAUCUCAACGGUUUCGCCUGGAGGACGGGUCAACCCUGACGACACAAGACAAAGAACGAGUUCGGUUGAGUUGCUCUCUGGCGAACCCAACAAAACCUCAGUCUAACCUUCACUGGCAGACCAACGGCAAAGAGGGCGUACUUCACGAACAAGUCACUGCGCGAGAAGAGGGCCUUUAUAUGAGUCACGUCCAGCUUGAUUUGGUGAUUCGGCGUUCUGACCAUGAGAAAGAGAUAGUUUGCAGCGCCUCCCAGGAAGGUUAUCCGCUUCUUACCAGGACAGGUCUCAUCAUUGAUGUUCAAGAUAACCCUACGAAUGUUGAGAUAUAUCGCCAUACUAAGGGCGCCCUCACAGAGCACGCCAUCAACAUUUCUAUCCCAUGUCGCGCCGAUGGAUACCCGCCACCCAGUGUCUAUUGGGCAAAAGAUGACGCCACCACUUCUCCUGGGGGAGGUAUUGAGACCUUUGAAUCUACCCCAGGGAAGGGGUCAUCAACUCUCUUCUUUCGGAAACUCAAUCGCGACCAUUCUGGAAUCUACAGCUGUUAUGCAGAUAACGGGAUUCCUCCUAGUGCAAAGGCGCUUACUGAGAUCAUUGUGAAUCCACUCAUGUCUGUCAGACUGGACACUCUUGGUGUUCCACAUGACUACUAUAACGGUGCUCUACCUAUCAAUGAUUUAAUUCCUGCCAGGUACCCAUCAACCUGA